AUGCAUCCUGGUGCUUCCAGUGAAAUGUUUGAGUCCAGGGUGGCAGCACUAAUAUCCAAUCAAAUAUUGAAAAGUUCGAGGAAUUUAGAUCACCAAGAGGGUAUUGAGAAGCCUCGCGAAGAACCAUCACAAAGAUUAAAAUAA